AGUUGAUGGGAAUGCGUUCUUUUUUUUUCUUUUUCGUCUUGGUCUCUUUUUCUAUUUCUUUCGCUUCCAUCCGAAAAUAUAAGAGAUGAGGUAUUGGCAGCCUUUUUUUCUCACGACCUUAUUUGUUGUGACUGAAAAGGGUAACAACGCUCCCUGCAGAGGCGUAUAAACCUAGUCGCCCAUACACAGUAUACUGUUCUCGAAUCAACAGAACAUUUUUGUCUGAUCGAGAGUUUGGACGAGGAUAACAAGAGACAAGGCUGCAGGUCCAGGUACCGCGCAAAAGAACGGAAAAAAGAAGGAGAAGCAGAUUUCACAAAAAGAUCAGAAGAAAACAAAUACACCUUUUUUUUUCCUACUCGCUGCCAAAGAUGUCGACAGCACAACUGGCCGAUGUCGUGGCCGACAGGCUGCCGCUCAUCGCGUCGGCGGCCGUCAUACUGGGCGUGACUCUCGUCAUCCAGUACUUCUUCUUCAAGGACCCCUUGGCCAACGUCCCGUUUGUCGGCACCGAGUUUGGCGGGGAGGAUGCCCGGAGGGAGCAGUACCUCAAGGACGCAAAGCCCUUCUAUCUGGAGGGUUUUCGCAUGAACAAGGUGCACAAGAUUACGUCGCCGAGAUCCGACACCACUGUCUCUAUUCCUGCCGAGUUCCUCGAGGAGCUCAAGAAGCUGCCCGAUGACACCGUCAGCUUUGGCGGUGCCGUUAACGAGAUCAUGGCGGGCAAAUACACUGGAAUAGACGGGGUUGAGCCAACCGGACCGCACCUAGUCAAAAGCCACCUUACUCCAGCCCUGGCCAAAAUCAACCCCGUCCUGACCGAAGAAGUCGCCCGCACCGUCCGCGAGGAGUUCGGCUCGCUCGAGGACUGGACCGAGGUCAACAUCAACAGCAAGCUCCUCCGCAUCGUCGCCAUCGUUUCCGGCCGCAUCUUCCUCGGCCCGGAGCUGUGCCACAACGAAAAGUACAUCGAGUCGGCCAUCCACUACACCAUCGAGGUCAACAUGGGUCGCCAGGCCAUCUUCGCACUCCCGGCGUGGCAGCGACCGUUCCGCGCCUGGUUCCUGCCCGAGAUCAAGAACCUGCAGAAGCGCGAGAGGGACUUUUACGCCCUCAUCGAGCCCAUCGUCCGCGCCCGCAGGGAGGCCAGGAGGAGCGAUCCAAACUACCAGGCCCCCGACGACAUGCUCACCUGGCUCGAGGACUCACAGGGCAAGACCACCAACAAAAGCAUCCGAGAGAUUGCUAGGCUUCAGCUUGGUCUCAGUUUUGCUGCCAUUCACACCACCACCAUGACGACGACCAAUAUCUUGUACGACCUCGCAGCCCACCCCGAGAUGAUCCCCGAACUCCGCGAAGAGGCAGCCUCGGCACUGGCCGCGCACGGCGGCACCUUCACCGCCCCGGCGCUGCACACGAUGAAGAAGAUGGACUCGGUGAUGAAGGAGAGCAUGCGGAUGAACCCUCCGGGCUACUCCGCCUUCAUGCGCAAGGUGCUCAAGCCCUUCACCCUCUCCAACGGCCAACAGAUCCCCGCGGGCGUGACGAUCGAGGUUCCCGGCUACGGCGUGUCGCGCGACCCCAACACGUUCCCCAACGCCGACAGCUGGGACGGCCUGCGGUUCUUCAGGCUGCGCGAGUCGGGCGAGACCAUCGGAAGCACCAAGCAGGGCGGCGGGCGCGCGUCGGCCGUCGAGGUCAGCGCCCAGAACCAGUUUGUCAGCGUGUCCAAGAGCAGUCUCGGUUUCGGCUACGGUCGCCAUGCUUGCCCUGGUAGGUUCUUUGCGUCGAACGAGGUCAAGAUGAUCCUGGCCAGGCUGGUUCUCAACUACGACAUGAAGCUGCCCGCUGGUGAGACGGAGAGGUACAAGAACAUUGAGGCUGCUGGAGCGUCUGUUCCCGACCCCUACAAGAUGCUUCUUUUCAAGGAGCGGGCCUGAAUUUGGCAGAGCGCCACAUUGCGUUGAUAGCAUUGCGCAGACUUUCUUUGCCGGCAUGGCAUUGCGGUGUUUAUUGUAGUAGAGCGUGAUUGGUUAGUUUGGAUCUUUAGGUACGAACAAAACUUACGAAAGGAUUUAGCAUGCUUGUUUUAUGCAGUUGUAGCAAAUGCGAUUUUCAUGAAGGUCAAUAUCGAGUUCUAUGUUUGAAGUCAAAAUUGUAUGUCGAAUUAUACAGUACUUCACAAACGAAAGUUAGUUUCGAUGCAAAGCCCUAUGCUUUAAUGGUCUCG